CUGCUGUCAAACAAUCUCGUGUGUCUUCUGUGGUUUGCGGAUGUGAAGGAAAUUAAUUUUAAUCGUCGAUAAACGUUUAUUGUAUCAUAAUUCGUAGCAAAAUGAAGAAAACUCAAACCCGAUCAAAAACUUUAAACGAUCCUGUUAUAGUUUCUCGUGUAAAAAACUAUCUGGCAGAGAACGUGGACAAGACAUUCGUUGAUGUAAGUCAAAUGGCGCGUUCUCUUAAAGAGCGUUACCGUGAAUACAACAACAGGAGUGAUAGCGCAUUCUGCCAAAUGGUUGAAAGUGCUUAUAAAGUGGUAUUACAAAGUUAUGGAUUAGAUGGGGCGUCUACCUCUGAAGGGUCCGAAGAAGAAUCGGAUUUGGAGUUGUUAGAUGAAAACAACAGUGCUUUGAAUGAUCGUUUACUUGCGAUGUACAAAAUGCAGGACAAAAAACGACCAGCAGCAUCACGGCGGGCAACUGAUAAAUCUGGUGAACCUAUAGAUAUCAUUAGCAGCGACGAAGAUGGUUCAGCUGCGCCUAAAUUGCCAAAAAUUAAUGAUCAAAUCACCAUCACUCCCCACAUACCUUCGCGAAAUGCUAACAGCACACAGAUUGAAAACACUCCAAAGCCACAACAUGUGAAUAUAGGAGAUAAAAAGAAAAAAGUCGAAACAAAUAAAGGAGUCAGCAAAAAAAAAUAUGACAUCGGAGCUACUAAAAAUGUUAAGGUAUCUUUUGAAGACAUAGGUGGUAUAUCUGAUAUAAUAACACAAAUUUGUGAUUUGAUAUUGCACAUGAGACAUCCUGAAGUAUAUAAUAAGUUAGGUAUUCAAUCUCCGAGAGGUGCAUUGUUGCAUGGCCCUCCGGGCACAGGAAAAACAUUGUUAGCACAUGCAAUUGCUGGCAAAUUGCAGCUUCCACUUAUUGCUGUAACAGGAACGGAGUUAGUAGGAGGUGUCUCUGGUGAAUCAGAGGAAAGGAUCAGGGAGCUGUUUGAGAGGGCAGUGUCAGUGGCUCCUAGUGUAUUAUUUAUAGAUGAAAUUGAUGCUGUUUGUGGUAACAGGGUUCAUGCUCAAAAAGAUAUGGAGAAGCGUAUGGUUGCUCAGUUAUUAGCUAGCUUAGACAGUUUGAGUGACAGCAAUGAAUCUGUGCUUGUGCUUGCUGCAACCAACAAUCCAGAUGCCUUAGAUCCUGCAUUAAGAAGAGCAGGACGCCUUGAACAAGAGAUAACUUUAGGUAUACCUUCUUUGAAAGCUAGAAAAGAGAUACUUUCAAUAUUAUGUAAGAAAUUGGUAUUAAGUGAAGAUAUUGAUAUGAAUGUUCUUGCUCAGAUUACACCUGGUUUUGUUGGGGCUGACCUGCUAGCACUUGUCAAUAAAGCUAGCACUAAUGCAGUAAAAAGAAUUUUUGCAGAAAUCAGAUUUGCUGACAAAGAAUUAAAGAUUACAGACAUUGAACAAACAAAGUUACCCAAAGAAGACACAGUUAUAGCAAAUGGACAAAAAGAGAGUGAAGAGGCAGUAAAAGAAGGAGGAGAUGCAAUCCAAAAUGAUCAUCCAACUCAAGAUGAUAAUCCAGAAACUUCAUCAGAACCCAAUGAGGAAAAAAUCUCUUCAAGUGAAGUAAAUAAUGUGGAUAAUGAAACAGCCAAUAAAACUGAUCCACUUGAUGAAGUAUUUAAUCUUUUAGAAGAUACAAAGCCAUACUCUUUAGACAAAUUAUCUGGCCUUUCUAUAUGUCAAGAAGAUUUCCUAAAAGCAUUGAAAACCACAAAGCCCUGUUCUGUCCGUGAAGGCAUUGUUACUGUACCUGAUGUCACAUGGGACGAUGUUGGUUCUUUGAACCAAGUGCGUAAAGAUUUGCAAUUGGCUGUUUUAGCUCCUGUAAAGUAUCCAGAACAACUUAAAAAACUUGGUUUGGCUGCUGCCAGUGGAGUUCUGCUUUGUGGUCCCCCUGGUUGCGGUAAGACCUUGCUAGCUAAGGCAGUCGCAAAUGAGGCUGGAGUCAAUUUUAUUUCUGUUAAAGGUCCUGAAUUACUUAACAUGUAUGUGGGUGAAAGUGAAAGGGCAGUACGCACAUGUUUUAGACGUGCACGAAAUUCUGCUCCAUGUGUUAUAUUUUUUGACGAAUUUGAUGCUCUGUGUCCCCGACGCACUUCCCAAGAUCAUAAUGGGGCAGCCCGAGUAGUAAAUCAGCUGCUGACUGAGAUGGAUGGCAUAGAAAGCAGAGAAGGUGUAUUUGUAUUGGCUGCCUCGAAUAGGCCUGAUAUAAUAGAUCCUGCUGUACUGCGACCAGGUCGUUUAGACCGUGUGAUGUAUGUUGGAAUGCCAGCCAGAGAUGACAGAUUUGAUAUCUUGCAGAAAUUAACCAAAGGAGGCUCUCAACCUAAAAUGGGGCCAGAUGUAGAUUUGCAAGUGAUUGCUGGCCUUACUGAAGGCUACACUGGAGCAGAUUUGGCUGGACUUGUGAAAGCAGCAGCAACAAAUGCUUUGACAAAUCAUAUAGCUAAUGGAACCAUUGAUUCUGAGGAUAACAUAGAUGUAGUCUUUGAGGACUUCAGAACAGCACUAACAAAAUGUAAGCCAUCAGUGUCUUCUAAAGAGCAACUACAUUAUGAGAAGUUGCGACUAAAAUAUGCUUCAGGAGCCGAUGACAUGGAAAUGGAGACUGAACUCACAAACGAAGAGUCCAUGGAUACUGUUUGAGAAUCAUUCAACAAUUGGGUUUUGCAAACAUAGUUGUUUUUAUAUCAAAGGUUCAAUGUAAUAUGUAUUACAUCUUUUAAUUUAAACCAAUAGUGCCAAGUUGGUUAUCUUAAUUUCAUGUUGAUUGAUAUAAGAGUGUGUAAAAUAAGAAUAGAGCUACAAAAGUUUUGUAAUUGUAUAGUACUGGGCGCAAUAAGUCUGGUUUUUAAAAUAUUUAUGUGAAUGUGUGUAUUGACUAGUAAUGAGUCUAGAUACACUAGAUAUGCGAUAUCCAAGAGCCAUUUACAAUUACUGCACAUCUUAGAUUUUAAAAUAAAUAUUUUCUUUAUGAACUUGAUU